AUGAAUCUUGAUCGUUUAGUUGUAGUGAAUAAGAAACGGUUUGAUGAAAAAGAUUUGUUCUUCUUUAACAUCUUUUACGUACAAGGUAGAAACCGUUCAUUUGUGGAAAAUGUGGCAAACCAACUCGGAUUAGAAGAAGGUUCAUAUGUUCCACAUACUUAUAUAGAAGAGAUACCGCUAGAGAGGCGUGGUUUGCCAGAUGACUUGAAGACACAACUUAGCUUAAUUACCAUUCCUCAAGCUUCUGCUGAUAGUAGAAUGAACUAUCAUCAUGGAAUGUUAGAAGCCAGUGCCCCUGCUUCAUCAUCAGCCACUCUUCAAAUUCAGGGUGUUAUCACUGAGCUCUUAGAACAAAUAACAACACUUAACGAGAGGAUGAAUGACCUCGCAUCCCACCUUGAAGACUUGAAUUCCAAGAUAGCUGCUUCAGGUGCUUUACCAGUGCAAAACUUAUCGCUGUCCCCAUCCUCGUCUCAGCUUGGAAUAGAAUCUGCUCUGAGGGAAGAGAUUGUACGUAUUGGUGGUGAACUACGUCAGACAAUGGUUAAAAUGGGCACACUGGGGAAUCUUGUUGAGGAGUAUGUUGAAGAAAGGUCUCGCGUAGAGAGAGUAGACAGCACAACACAGAACCUUGAGUCAUCCACUGUACCUGUUCUGCUUGCUUUGACCAUUGGCUGCCUCGGCAUUCUUGCCUUCGGUUAUCUCAAAUAG